AUGGUCAACUUCUCGCAACUUCCCUAUGAAUUGCGCGAAAAGAUAUGGCUCGACACCAUAGAGCCUCGUCUUGUUGGUCUCAUCCCUCGUCGAGUCGGGAGGGGUCUUUGGAGUGUAAAAAGCACCGUUCGCCCUCCCGUUGGCCUUCACAUCAACCGCGAAUCUCGUCAAAUCCUGAACGGGCACUACCAAUACCUAGAAGCCCGGACUGUUUUGAAUCACAAGUUAGUCUCGUGGCCUUAUGAAGUGUGGCCCAUUGUCCUGGAUUCCUCGCCGUGGAUCCUGUUCAACUUUGACAUUGAUACUCUUCACUUUGCGGAUACCACUCCUCCUGACAAGCCUCUGCCGGAUACUGAAGCGCAAAAGGAGAUGCCGAAAACUCCUACAAAUGCCAUGGAUCUUCUGAUUCUCAAAGAGUCUGGGACAACGUUUGGGCCGGGAUUCCGGGCAAUGCUUGAUGCAAAUUCGCGCAUCCAGGACUGGCCAUAUCUUCUAGAAGCCAAAGACCUCAGCGAUGACUACGCCCACGGCGCAGAUCCCGGAUUACUCAAUUGGACGCACAUCCGCUAUGUCCGCUUCGACUUCAACAUGUUCCUAUCGGAUCUCGCCAUCUGGUGGGGAAUCAUGCAUCCUUUUGUGAAAUGGAUGCAGCAGGCCGCUAUACAUGUCGAGACCCCCAGUGAUCCGAUAAGGAGCUGCGAUCUCGUCAUGGUAAGCGGCAGAGGAAACAAGCGGAAGCUGGAGAGAACAUUACGAGUUGCUCUCCGGCCAGAAAAGGAAUCUGACACAGAAUAUCAAUCCCUAUCUCCCAUUGAGCAAUUGGAGCAGUACGGGGUUGUGGUGUUUGAGGACGUGUUGCCUACGCCUGAGAGCAAGGCCAUUCUUUUCGAAGUUGUGGAUCCUCUCAUUGGGAACGAGGCAAUCUUGAAAUGGAAACAGUUUUCGAUUAAUCAAAGAGUUUCAAGGCCACCAGGGCCCUUGGUUCUUCCGAGAGCAACCCCGUUUGGGGUAGACAUGGAAGUAUUGUGGCAGAUGGCGAAACUUAGAAGGGGCUUGGUUCAUGGGGAGAUGUCCCCGGUUCAUGGAUUGUGUCUCGCAGACUAUGGAAUAGAUGGCGGAUUCCGUGGUAGGAAUUAA